AUGAAAAAACAAUUUAAAUCGAAAGAUUUUAAUGGUGCUGCAUUUGUUGUUUUUCCAACUGAAGAAAAAGCUCGUGAAUUUAUUGAAAAAUCGAAAGAAACACCAAUUAAGUAUGAAGAUGGUUCUGUAUUAGAAAGUUCAUUACAAGAUGAUCAUUAUAAGAAGAAAGCUUUAGAAUCAGCAAAUGGUGGAAGAGCAUCUAGUGAUAAUGAAAAAUAUAAAAAAAAUAAUGAUAAAGAAAUACGAAAAGAAAAACGAAAAGAAGAUUUAGAAAAACAAACAAAUGAACAUUUAGAAAAAUUAAAUAAUGAAAAUUUACCUGGUGCUCUUAUUCAUAUUGCUGGUAUGCCUUCUAACGGUACAAGAGAAUUAAUUAAAGAAAAAUUUAAUCCAUUUACAAAAACACCUUGGAUUGAUUUUAAUAAAGGUGAUGCUGAGGCAUGGGUACGAUUAAAUGAAGCUAAUACAGCAAAAGAUGUUUUAGAAAAAGUAUUAGCCGCUGGACAAGGCAAACUUGUUAUAGGUGAUAAAGAAGUAACUAGUCGUAUAGUUGAAGGUGAAGAAGAAACACAAUUUUGGAAAGAAGCUAAUGAAAAACGUGCAGCAGAACGAACAAAGAAACAUCAACGAUUUGGUGGUAGUAAACGUGGAGGACAUGGUAAACGUAAUACUCGUGGUGGUGGCGGUGGUGGUUUUGGACAAAAACGAAAACGUGAUGAAGAUGGUAAUCAAUCAAAUGAUCAUGAAAGACAAUCAAAUUCAUCGAAAAAACCGAGAGAAACAACAGUUGAUUAA